AUGGCUGGCUUAGAGCACUACCAAAUGGCGCAGGACCCGGCCAUCCAAAAACUGGGAAACAUGACGACGAACCGACACAAAUACUUCCGCUGGACCCCGAGAACAGCGCGCAUCUCCUUCAUGUACCUCGUCUUCGUACCCACCAUUCUCGGCAUCGUUGCAUAUAAGACAGAUGGCAAAUGGGACUUCCGAGCAAAGAGGAGGGGUGACUUGGUCGUCGAAUACUAA